AUGUUGGAAGGUCGUAAGUGCGGCGGAAUACAUCGCGGUAGGGUGGCGGCGUCUAAGUAUGGCGGUGGCGGGGUGUCUCUUGGAUCAGGCGUCGCGGUGAGGCGCGGGAUGAAGUGCACGGGCGUGGCGGGCGGCGGGCCUGGCGGCGACGAGCUCCUGCUCAGCCCCUGCUGGCUCGAUCCCAAGCUGGACGGUUCCUCACCCCCUUGCCACGAGCUCCUCGACUCUCUUCUCACCCCCACGCCCCUAGCUGAACUCAAACCUCUGCCCCCUUUCACUGGGUACACCGGACACCUCUCUAUCAAUGGCAUCUCCGGUCACCAUUUCCAUGCUAUUGCACAACGUCUUCCAGAAGAAAAUAAUAACUACCCCACUCAAAGUGGAUAUGGCGCUGACCACGAUGUGGUAUCUUCAUCAACAUGCGCCGCUGAUUCUGAACCUCCAGACUUAGAAGAUGUUAAACCUUUCCCUUUAGAUGGUUUAGAUACAAAAUUAUUUUCUGAUACGUCUGUAGCGGCUGAUUCAUGCGCUAAGUCAUGUUCGCCGCCAUCAAAACUAUUUGAUGAUAACAACAAACAGGAUUCAGUUAUAAGUUCCAUUGAAGACAUUGCGGCGAUAAUCGGAUCUGCAAUUGCCGAUACGACGGUUCCAUCCCAACCUGAAGAUCCUGAAAGAAAUGAUUCUCGAGAUAGCUGGAUGGACAUAGAUGCGUGGAUAGCCGGAGCUUACAGUCAGCACGGCGAUAAAAUUGUGCCACAAGACUUAUCAGAAUUUGGUCUUCCUGGUUCUCCGCCCCCGUCACAGUCAAGUCACCAGUCCAGUAUAGAUUUUCCUUGCAAGCCUAGCCAGGAUUUUACAAAAACACAAGAGUUUCUUCAAAAAAACUUAGGGCAAGCUGGGACGACAUUACAAUCAUUGCUAUCUCAGAGCUGCUACAUGCCCUUACUCCAGAAUAGAUUACAAAACGGUCCUCCUGUAAAACAAGAGGCGCCGAGUUCGACAAGUUACGGCAUGGACGUCAUAUCUACAUCAUCGCCUCCCGGAAACGCUGUAUCGACUACAGAUGGUGUCAGUGGCUUGCUUAAUGGGCGAUACGCACAACACUAUGCUCUCGGCUUGAAACCGGAUGGUCUGUGCAGUCCAGACAGACUGUUGGGUUACCCUCAUGCUCAUACAACAACGAUCACUCCUUCAAAUAAGAGUAAACGAAGUCGAGCCAAGGCAAAGCAAGGGAACAAUGGGAGCAAUCUUCACGGUUCACUGGCCUUUGCAUCAGCUACUUCAGCUGAACUGAGUGGCUUGCUUGGCAAAGAGAAGCCGGUCCAUCGCUGCGGCAUUUGCAAUAGAGGAUUCCUGAACAAGUCUAAUAUAAAAGUGCAUCUCCGCACUCACACGGGGGAGAAGCCCUUCCGAUGCGACGUGUGCGCGAAGGCGUUUAGGCAGAAGGCGCAUCUGAUCAAGCAUCAGCAGAUUCACAAACGAAUCGGGCGGGAC